GAAAAUAACAUAUUUUUCGUUUGCCUAAUUCAAAUUUAGAAUACAGUUAGAAUACAGUCAAAGUUAGAAUACAGUCUAUCAGUCUAACUCUAGUGCCUGGAUCGCGGUAGAGGCUUAUUGAUAAAGAAUGCGGUUGUCUGUGUCAUAACUCUUUCUGUAAUGUAUGCUUUACAAAGAGCGCUAGAGCGCAACAAACACCAAACAGUAUUCCAUCGCAUAGCGAAAAACUACCAGUAACCGCCUGUGCGCAAUCAUUGACACGCCUGCAGACCAGUAUUAAUACAGUUAAUAGAAGUUGGGUAUUAGAACAGGUAUAUUAGUACCGGCAUCCACGCGUUUAAAUGUGAUUAGUGUACAAGAAAAUAAGCUGUUUUGUUGGACAGAGGGUCUGGCAGUAGAAAAUCUCUUGGGUGUUUUGUUAUCGUUUUAGUGUUACUGAACAAUGACGGCUUUUGAAAGCUCGAAAAUAAUAUUUACAACGCUUGUUGGAUUCGUAUUUUGUCUUAUCAUGAUGUACAACUUGGAACUUAUCAGAUACGACAAGGGAAAUAUUAUAAUUCACCUUGAAGGAAAUCCAUAUGUCUCCACAAACAGAGACAGUAGACCAACAGUCACAGGAUCGGAACCAACAACCCCUAAAACAGCGACGACAUCCAAAACAACGUCAACACCUACAACAGCGAAACAAUGCGACCAAAAACUUGACUCUGAAACCAAAUCUUUAAUAAGAAAAGCAUUGGAUAAAACAAUUCAAUUAAAAGAGCUAUUUCGGCAGCAGUCGCAAACACUCACGGAGAAAAAUAAAGACGUGUUACCAGUUCUAAACUACUUCAAACGACUUGCAAAGCCUUUGGAAAAUUCACUUCUAAACGAUUUGGAACUCUUGUAUGACAAGGCGUGGAAAGAAGACGCUAAGGAAUUACAAGAACUGAAUCGGAUUGCGCAAUCCAUGAUAUCUCAAACACAGAACCCAAAGAAUUGCACUCGAGCAAAGAAACUGCACUGUGUCAUGAACCACAUGACGUGUGGGUUCGGAUGUAUAAUACACGAUUAUGGGUUGUGUGCUUUCGUUUCGAUUGGCGAAUCAAGGACCCUGCAGUACGACAUGAACCAGUUAGCUACCUACCCCGGCAUUAACACAACUUUUGAAUACCCCAGCGAAACAUGUGUGAACAGGACUAACUUCGGCAACUACAAAAUAGAGUGGCAUCCAAAAUUGCAUAAAGACGCUCCUUCUUCAAAUAAAGAAGUUUUAACAAUGACGAUAAAUGAACCUUCUACGAGUCACUCACAGUUUAGCCCUGGAACUGUGCCGCAACAUCUGAUUGAACGAUUACAACUAGUUCACUCGGACCCGAACGCUUGGUGGACAGGCCACGUUAUCAGUUACUUAGUACGGCCGCAGAAAUGGGUGUUAGAAGAACUUAAAACAAUUAAAAGAGAAAUUGAAUUUGAACAUCCGAUUGUUGGAAUCCACGUGCGGCGAACAGAUAAAAUAUCCGAAGCGUCAUAUUUUGGUCUCGAGCGCUACAUGGAUCACGUGGAAAGUUGGUACGAUCGUUAUCAGUUGAAACAUCCCAAGGAAAAAGUUGUGAGAAGAAUUUAUUUGGCAACAGAUGACGCACAAGUUGUAAAAGAAGCAAAAAACAGUUAUCCUCACUACAAGAUAUUAUUCACAAUCGGUCGAACCUUCAACAAUUCACAAAACAGGAAAAGCAAUUCGGCUGUGAAGGGUGUUUUGUUUGACGCGCUGCUGCUAAAAGAUUCCGACUUUGUUGUAGUUACAUUUUCAUCGAACAUUGGUAGACUCGUGUACGAACUACGGCAAAAUACGUCAUCGGACCCAACAUACAACGUGGUUAGCCUGGAUGAUGGUUUCUACUAUUGGGGUGAAAUAGGAAACAAGCAAGUCGCCAUAAUGGACCACAAACCGCCUACAUCACAACUAUGCAACGGAACUACUUUUCGGUCACCUAUACCAGAAAUGAGAAAAUGGACGUGUGAGCUAGAACUGAGAGUGGGCGACCAACUCCAAUCCUUCGGUUACAUGUAUCAUUCCUAUUUAAGCGGAGGUUAUAACAGAAGAAGCAAGCUACAUGGUGUAUAUCCUACCCACAAAGUUAAGGAUGUUUUAACACCAGCAGCGUACCCGAGACAUUACACGUAACGAAUAAGCUUNNACUAGAAAAUGUGAUUUGUAUUAUAUUAUCAAUGAUAAAUUAAAUUAUUUAUCCACGCGUGGCGGGGCAACGAUAGUCGUUUUAACACGGGUGUUUACUAUAACACAAUGUAACCGUUAUAACUACUCAACUAGUUAUAUAUCGUUGCUCAAUUUUAAGCAAAAGUUAACUUAUUUACUCGGAAUUUAAAGUAACAAUAUUUAUUUAUUUAAAGUAACCUAUUACUUUAAAUAAACAAGCAAAUUACCUACACUGCUUAAAUUUUUUUAAAACUUGUUUUCCUAAGUUUUAAUUACACAAAAGUGUUAACUACAAUCUGAAUAAACAAAAAAUAAAUGCAAC